AUGGCGACUAAACCCGACGACGAAGUGAGGGCAGUGCAUUAUGGCCGCGAUGAGGUGUCGCCCUCGCCCGUUUACGAGGAGGGCAGCGUCCAGGAAGACAACGCGUAUGUCUACGAUGAUUCGCAAAAGUUGGGGUACACGGCGACUGUCUUCGUUAUCCUAAACAAGAUGAUUGGUACUGGUAUCUUCUCCACACCUUCUGGCAUAUUUGCUGUAACCGGAUCGGUCGGUGUAUCGCUUUUCCUCUGGAUCAUCGGCGGCGUCCUGACCUUUUGCGGGCUAUCCGUCUUUCUCGAGUUCGGUCUUGCGAUACCAAAGUCCGGCGGUGAAAAGAACUAUCUGGAGCGCGUUUAUCGCCACCCAAAGUACAUGGCAACAUGCGUCCUGGCUUCGCAGAUGCUUCUUCUUGGAUUCUCGGCUGGUAAUUCCUUGGCCUUUGGUCGUUAUGUUCUUUUUGCGUCUGGUUCCGAGUCGCCCGAUGGCUGGACGGCGCGUGGCAUUGGUAUUGGCUGCAUAACCUUUGCUGUGGUCCUCCAUUCUACAUUACCAAAAUGGGGCAUUCGCCUAUUCAACGUCCUGGGCGUAUUCAAGGUCUUCAUCCUUCUGUUCAUCAUCUGCUCUGGAUUUGCUGCCCUUGCUGGCCAUCUGAAGAUCGAACAGCCGCAUAACUUCGACAACGCGUUCCGACUCGAGGUUGGCGAUGGCUAUGGCGGCGGAGGCGCAUACCAAUACUGCCAAGCUCUCCUCCGCAUCAUUUACUCAUACAAGGGAUGGGAGAAUGCCAAUUAUGUGCUGGGGGAGAUCAGAAAUCCCAGGAAGACGCUCUCUUGGUCUGCGCCUCUUGCCGUCGGUGGGACCACGGUGUUGUACGUUCUUGCAAACGUGGCUUACUUCGCCGCCAUUCCCAAGUCUCAGCUUGCAAAGAGUGAGGUCAUCGUUGCUGGUCUCUUCUUCCGUAACGUCUUCGGCAACAGCGCCGGAGCACGUAGUCUUCCGGCUUUCGUCGCCCUUAGCAAUCUGGGUAACGUUCUUGCAGUCAGCUUUGCGCACUCGCGGCUGAACCAGGAAUUUGCAAAGGAGGGCUUGUUACCUUGGAGCCGAUUCUGGGCGUCGAACAAGCCUUUUAAUGCUCCUACGACUGCUUUGUUUCUUCAUUGGCUCAUCACUGUCAUCGUUCUGGUAGCGCCACCCGCUGGCCCAGCAUACAACUUUAUCACGGAUCUCUAUACCUACCCUGGAGCAUGGAUCAACAGUUUCGUGACUGCAGGUCUCAUCUAUCUUCACUACUCGAAGAAGGAGCGCUGGGAGUCCCCAUGGCAUACCUAUCUUCCCAUCGCCCUGGUCUACUUCGCUGCUAACGUCUUCCUCGUAAUCGUUCCCUUUAUCCCACCAGAUGGUGACUGGAAUGCUAAUGGCUACCCUUACUACGUAUUUCCGGUCGUCGGCGUCGGCGUUUUGCUCUUGGGCGUAUUCUACUGGGCAUGCUGGACCAAACUAUGGCCAAAGUUUGGUGGCUACAAGAUUGUUAGCGAGCGGUACGAAGAUGCGCAGGGCAAUGAGCAUGUGCGAUAUGUCAAGGUAUACACUAAGCGCGAAUGAU